GGACGGAGUGAAUUCAUCUUUAUGUUGAUGAUUGUUUUUGUGCCUGUUUGCACACGUUUUUGUUAUUAUUGAAAUAAAAGCAGCCAGCAGUCAUAGCCGACCCUUGUCGUCUUCCUUCCUAAAAUCUACGAACUCUGUUACACUCUGUUCUUCAGGUGCGUUUGGUGAUGAAGAGGAGUAUGUGUCAGUGAAGGAGGGAUAUUCAGUCACUCUAAACUCUGAUCUUACUGAAAUGAAGGAUGAUGAUGUGAUUCAGUGGAGAUUUGGAAAUGAAAACACUUUAAUAGCUGAAAUCAAUGUAACGGCCGACAGAAUCACUGUAUAUGAUGAUGUUCUUGAUGGGAGAUUCAGAGACAGACUGAAGCUGGACAAUCAAACUGGAUCUCUGACCAUCACAAACACCAGAGAUGAACAUGCUGGAGAUUAUACACUAGAGAUCAACAGUGUGGAAAAGAGUUUCAGUCUCCAUGUCUUUGAUGAAAAACUAGUGAAGGAGGGAAAUUCAGUCACUCUAAACUCUGAUCUUACUGAAAUGAAGGAUGAUGAUGUGAUUCAGUGGAGGUUUGGAAACACUUUAAUAGCUGAAAUCAAUGUAACGGCCGACAGAAUCACUGUAUAUGAUGAUGUUCUUGAUGGGAGAUUCAGAGACAGACUGAAGCUGGACAAUCAAACUGGAUCUCUGACCAUCACAGACAUCACAAUGAAACAUGCUGGAGAUUAUAAACUACAGAUCAACCGUGUGAAAAAGAUUUUCAUUGUCACUGUCUUUGUUGAAAUAUCAGUGAAGAAGGGAGAUUCAGUCACUCUAAACUCUGAUCUUACUAUAAUGAAGGAUGUUGAUUUGAUUCAGUGGAGGACUGAAAUCACUUUAAUAGCUGAAAUCAAUGUAACGGUUGACAGAUUCACUGUAUAUGAUGAUGUUCUUGAUGGGAGAUUCAGAGACAGACUGAAGCUGGACAAUCAAACUGGAUCUCUGACCAUCACAAACAUCACAACUGAACAUGCUAGAGUUUAUAAACUACAGAUCAACAGUGUGAAAAAGAUUUUAAUUCUCUAUGUCUUUGUUGAAAUAUCAGUGAAGGAGGGAGAUUCAGUCACUCUAAACUCUGAUCUUACUGAAAUAAAAAAUUACGUGAUUCAUUGGGAUUUUUUGACUGAAAACACUUUAAUAGCUAAAAUCAAUAAACGGAUUGACAGAAUCACUGUAUAUGAUGAUGUUCUUGAUGGGAGAUUCAGAGACAGACUGAAGCUGGACAAUCAAACUGGAUCUCUGACCAUCACAAACAUUACAACUGAACAUGCUGGAGAUUAUGUGAUGAUAACAGGAGCAAAACGAUCAUUAAAAGCUUACAGAGUUUCUGUCUAUGUCUCUGUCCACUGUUGUGGUCCUACUGAAGCUGUGAUCCGAUUGGUCCUCUCUGCUCUGGUGGGCGUGGCUACUGUCAUUCUUCUGGUUUAUGAAAUCAGAUCAAGAAGAGCUGAACAACAUCAAGCACAUAUUCACACAUCAGGUGCCUCAUUGAUGAUAUAAUUUCUCACAAACUGAUUUUACAUCAUUUAUGAGAUUUACUUAUUUGUGGCUUUAUGUGUUCAUCUUUUUCAGGAAGUAUUGAAAUCUAAAGCAGAACGCUGAACUUUAAAGUGUGUUUUUGUUCUUCUAUUGUUUUUCUCAUAAUAAAUACUGAUGAUUGUUUAAUCUUGUGCUCUCUCUUUCAGUGAUAUAAUUUGAAAAAUGCAAUUCAAAAGGCUUUAUUGUUUAUAUUUGCUUGUCUUUAUCAAUAAAGUUUUCUCACUCUGAGGUUCAAGAGUCUCUCCAUGUUUUAUUACAUUUAUUAUGUUGAGCGCCCCCUGCAGGAAUACUAACUCUAUGUAAGGAAUAUGGUGCUCUAGCUGU